AGAAGGUCUUCGGACAGAGACACACUGAGCCAUGGAUAAGCUUGUAUCGGUAGUCUUGUGUCUGCUUGUCCUGGUGUGUUUGAGCACUGGUCAGAACCAUUUGCGCGCGCCUGUUGGUCCGUGGAGACACCGGAUUCAGUGGGAGAAUAACGGCCAGGUGUACAGCUUACUGAGCACCGGGACUCAGUAUCGUUUACCUGCGCAGACCAGGAGGCGCACUCAGCUCCUGCUGACAACAAGAAACAACUUUCCACAGCCUCCUGUUGCGCUCAACAGCCCAUCCAGGACCAGACAUGUCACCCUCGAAGGUGCGGCCGGGAGUCGCGCUCCACACAGCCCGGUGCAUUCAUCAGUCCUCGGUUUAGACGGGGAUCAGUAUUUACUUGCUUCUGGACGGCCUGGCACGCGCAGGAACCCGGAGACCACCAGGCAAGUCGUUGGGUCCAGAUCAGAACAAGUCCAGUCAAACAGCAGUAGCGCAGCUGUCACUCCCGCCCAGGAGUUUUCAGGCAGCGGUGUCCCCCGGGGGGGCAGGAGCACACCUGGGGAGGAUGCUGGCGCACGCCCGGCCGGCGCGGCACCGGCUGGGUCACCCGGCUCUCCGGACGGGGGAGGCGGCAGAAUGAGCUCUGAGAGUCCUGAUUCACCUGUGCGCUCACCCGCUUCGCGGGUCGCCGUGGUUGGAGAGAGUGGGACUGCACGGCGUGUCCCUCAGCGGACCAGCUCAGAGGACGCUCUCGGUGCGCACAGAGCGCACUCGCUGACCAGAGGCGCACCUGAGGCAUCUCCCGCAGCAGGCCUGUCCAGUAACGCCGUAGAGGUACAGUUUCCUCGUAGAAGGCCAGAUAGCAGCGCCGAUGCGGGUGACCCAAGGGAUCCACACAAUAUCCAUCAUCGGAACUCAGUUUUCUAUAAUGUUUACCCAGCGGACCACAGGAACAGGAUCAGCGCGCGCCCUCCGGCCGGCUUUGGCACCAGGUUCUUCCAUAACGGGCUUCCAGACUUGGUUCCUGACCCUUACUACAUCCAGGCAGCCUCCUACAUACAAAGAGUUCAAAUGUAUGCACUUCGCUGUGCUGCUGAAGAAAACUGCCUGUCCAGGUCUGCGUACCAUCCCAGUGUGAGUGACCUUGACUACAGGGUGCUUCUGCGGUUCCCACAGCGAGUGAAGAAUCAGGGAACGGCAGAUUUUCUCCCAAUGAAACCGAGACAUGAAUGGGAAUGGCACAGCUGUCAUCAGCAUUACCACAGUAUGGAGGCGUUCAGUAACUACGACUUGCUGGAUGUCUCCACUGAUCAGAAGGUUGCUGAGGGACAUAAAGCCAGUUUCUGUCUGGAGGAUACGUCAUGUGACCCAGGAGUGCGAAGACGCUUUGCAUGCACAGCUCACACACAGGGACUCGGUCCUGGUUGCUAUGAUACAUAUCAUGCCAACAUCGACUGCCAGUGGAUCGACAUCACUGACGUUCCCCCUGGAAACUACAUACUCAAGGUGACAGUAAACCCAACUCGGCAGGUUCAGGAGUCUGACUUCUCCAACAAUGAGGUCCGGUGCGAUAUCAGGUACACAGGAAGCUAUGUCCAGGCAAGAAACUGCAAUAUCAUUGUGAGCUCACCUGAUUAAGUCUUUCCCAUUAAGAAACAUUCAUCUAUUACUCUUCUGUUGCUCUUAAUGUACAGCUGCUGCUGCUGCUGCUGUUGCUGCUGCAUUAUUCAGAUGUUUAAGCUCUUGCUACUAUAUAAAUUAAUCUUUGUAUUUAUGUUGUUUCAUACCUUAAAGGUCUUGUGUGGGAAUGUUGUUACUUUAUUUAUAUGAGUACUGGUUUUCAAAGGAUUUUGAAGCAAUGCAAGGCUGUUUGCUGUAUGUCUUUGUGAAAAAGCACAAAAAAAAGUAAAAACGAUUACUCUCACAUCUUUCUUUUAGUACCAUGUGUAUGAUCUGCAUGCAUGUGUGUGAUUAUGGCUGCUAUCAAGGCCAGGUUUAUUGCUCUUCA